AUGGUUGAUCUAGGUCCUGGUUCAGCUCCCCAACGAGCAGGCAGAAAGCUCUGGCAGCUACACUAUUACAAAGAAAACGUUAUGGAGAGUAAAGAGUUUCCAGUUGACGCUGGUAACCCACUUAAGUACCGUCCACAGCCAGUCCCAUCAUACGAGAACCGUCUCUCCAUCCCAUUCUUCGUCCGCUUCUCAGCAGCCACCGCGGGCGCUGUUCUCACUGGAGCCGCUCUGGGCGUCUCUCACGGAGGCAAACUAGCAGGCAUGCGUUUCCGAGCGGAGAACUCACACCGUUUUCCCGCCACCUCUACGGGAUGGUACCUGUACCACAAAAGCAAGAAUUACCACGUGAUGCUAGGAGGGAUUAAAGAAGGGUUGAAGAUGGGCUCCAAGAUCGGUUUUUGGACUGGAAGCUUCUUCUUAGUCGAGGAAGCCGUUGAUGAAUGGCGUGGGACGAAAGAUUUCCUAUCGACUGUCGUAGCUGGAAUGACUAUUGCUGCGGGUUUCAGUGGACAGCCUUGGAAUAUACUACCCCUGAACACCGCAGCGCGAACCAUCCGGAUAGGGUUAUAUGGCGGCCUGGCGUUUGGGCUGGCACAAGAUGCUCUUGGCCUAGCACGAGGCAGGCGGUUGGGCUACGUAGACUUCUUGUUGGGUAGAAACCGAGAUACCUCGGAGCUACAAGAAGUUAAGGGGCGUCGUGGUGGCUAUCGGGCUCACGAUCGAAGUGACGAGGCUCAUGAUGAUCCUGGUCCUAGGCCCUGUGGGGCUUCGGUUGGGGGCGGUGGCACGCCACAGGAUGAUGGCAAUUUCCAAGAGCAGGAAGGACGACUCGUUCCAUACACGUUCCCAAUGCUACAGCCAGAUCACGCGGUAUUUCUUGUCAGGACUUUCAACGUCCGCACGAGCAAGAUCAAGCAAUCGUGUGAAGAAAACUACAUCUGCAUGGAUAAAUCAAAAAACUUUAAGACCAACAUCGUUCCACUUCUAAGCACCCUGACGAGCAAGGACCGCGAUACCUACCACAAAGCAGUUAAGAAGUUGAAGGACGAGAAUGAAAUCAAAAGCCUCAUGCCAUGGGGCCCUAGCGGUGCAAAGACUGCCUUCGAUCGCGGCUACGACGCAGGGUUAGCUAGUGUGCGUCGUGACCACAAGACUAAGGGCGGGCAGUCUGACCCGCGUGCUGUGCGCAAACAAGUCAACCACACGAGCUACGCUUAUGGGCCGAGUAGGCACGAGCCUUUGCGGCAGAAAGACUUGUCACCGUAUCACAAAUCCACCAUCUAG